ACAUAGAAUACCCCACAAUACCACACCAAACAUCGGCUACCCCACAAUCCAAUACCAAACACCGGCUACCCCACAAUCCCACUCCAAACAUCGUUAACCCCACAAUACCACUCCAAACAUCGCUAACCCCACAAUCCCACACCAAACAUCAUCAAUCAAACCAUCCCACACCAAACAUCGUCAACCCCACAAUCCCACACCAAACAUCAUCAAUCAAACCAUCCCACACCAAACAUCGUCAACCCCACAAUCCCACACCAAACAUCAUCAAUCAAACCAUCCCACACCAAACAUCGUCAACCCCACAAUCCCACACCAAACAUCAUCAAUCAAACCAUCCCACACCAAACAUCGUCAACCCCACAAUCCGACACCAAACAUCGUCAACCACACCAUACCACACCAAACAUUGUCAACCACAGCAUACCACACCAAACACCGGCUACCCCACAAUCCCACUCCAAUCAUCGUUAACCCCACAAUCCCACACCAAACACCGGCUACCCCACAAUCCUACUCCAAACAUCGUUAACCCCACAGUCCCACAGCAAACAUCGUCAACCCCACAAUCCCACAGCAAACAUCGUCAACCCCACAAUCCUACACCAAACAUCUCCAACCACACCAUACCACACCAAACAUCGUCAAUUUCACCAUACCACACCAACCAUCGUCAACCACACCAUCCCACACCAAACAUCGCCAACCACACCAUACCUCACCAAUCAUCGUCAACCACACCAUACCACACCAAACAUCGUCAACCACACCAUACCACACCAAACAUCGCCAACCACACCAUACCACACCAAACAUCGUUAAUUUCACCAUACCUCACCAAUCAUCGUCAACCACACCAUACCACACCAAACAUCGUCAACUACACAAUACCACACCAAUCAUCGUCAACCACACAAUCCCACACCAAACAUCGCCAACCACAUAAUACCUCACCAAUCAUCGUCAACCACACCAUACCACACCAAACAUCGUCAACCACACCAUACCACACCAAACAUCGCCAACCACACCAUGCCACACCAAACAUCGUUAAUUUCACCAUACCUCACCAAUCAUCGUCAACCACACCAUACCACACCAAACAUCGUCAACUACACCAUACCACACCAAUCAUCGUCAACCACACAAUCCCACACCAAAAAUCGUCAACCAUAGAAUCCCACACCAAACAUCGUCAACAAAACCAUCCCACACCAAACAUCAUCAACCCCACCAUCCCACAUCAAACAUCGUCAACCCCACCAUCCCACAUCAAACAUCGUCAACCCCACUAUCUCACGCCAAACAUCGUCAAACUCACCAUCCCUAACAUCGUCAACCACACCAUCCCACAUCAAACACCGUCAACCCAACAAUCUCACGCCAAACAUCGUCACAAUCUCACGCACGAUAUCUUCGUUCACUGUCCUCUCUCAUACAACGUAUAUUACUCCAUACCUCACUUUCACCUACAGUACACACCAACAUCGUCUGCUGGAUAA